UGGACGAUCCCACAUCUCGGCAGGAAGGGAGGGGCUGUCGGCGGUUCUAGGCAGGCGUGUCAUCGCGUUAAACUGCGGAGCAUGGGAGCUGUAUGAGCGGUCCCCCCCCCUUCCCUACAACAACAAACCCCCCUCCCUCCUCCUUCUCCCGGGACACCCGGAAUUCCGCCGUAUCGCCUCAGCGCCGUUCUCCUCCCGGUGAGGCCGCCGCCGGCUCCUGUAGUGGAGGACGGGCAGCAUGUCGCGCUCCGUGCUGCAGCCCAGUCAGCAGAAGCUGGCCGAGAAACUCACCAUCCUCAAUGACCGGGGGGUCGGCAUGCUCACCCGGCUCUACAACAUCAAGAAGCAAGGACAAGUUUGGAAGGCAUGUGGGGACCCUAAAGCCAAACCUUCUUACCUGAUCGAUAAAAAUUUGGAAUCUGCUGUCAAGUUUAUUGUCCGGAAAUUUCCAGCAGUGGAAACCCGCAACAACAAUCAACAGCUUGCACAACUCCAAAAAGAGAAGUCUGAGAUCCUGAAAAAUUUGGCACUUUACUACUUCACAUUUGUAGAUGUUAUGGAAUUUAAGGAUCAUGUAUGUGAGCUGCUUAACACCAUUGAUGUUUGUCAAGUUUUCUUUGAUAUUACUGUCAAUUUUGAUUUAACCAAGAACUACUUAGACCUGAUAGUAACUUACACUACACUCAUGAUCAUGCUUUCUCGCAUCGAAGAGCGGAAAGCAAUUAUAGGACUGUACAACUACUCUCAUGAAAUGACUCAUGGUGCCAGUGAUCGGGAGUAUCCUCGGCUUGGACAGAUGAUUGUAGACUAUGAAAAUCCAUUAAAAAAGAUGAUGGAAGAAUUUGUACCCCACAGUAAGUCUUUGUCAGAUGCCCUAAUUUCACUUCAGAUGGUUUAUCCAAGAAGAAACCUUUCAGCAGAACAAUGGAGGAAUGCCCAGCUUCUUAGCCUCAUCAGUGCACCGAGUACAAUGCUGAACCCCGCUCAGUCAGACACGAUGCCAUGUGAGUACCUUUCCCUGGACGCAAUGGAGAAAUGGAUCAUUUUUGGGUUUAUUCUUUGUCAUGGGAUACUAAACACAGAUGCCACCUCACUGAAUCUUUGGAAACUUGCCCUUCAGAGCAGCUCCUGCCUCUCCCUUUACAGAGAUGAAGUUUUCCAUAUCCACAAGGCAGCAGAAGACCUCUUUGUCAACAUCAGAGGUUACAACAAAAGAAUAAAUGACAUCAGAGAAUGCAAAGAGAACGCCAUAGCGCAUGCUGGUGCGACACAUAGAGAGAGGCGCAAAUUCUUAAGAUCUGCCCUAAAGGAACUUGCAACAGUUCUUUCCGAUCAGCCUGGUUUGCUCGGGCCUAAGGCACUUUUUGUAUUCAUGGCAUUGUCAUUCGCCCGAGAUGAAAUUAUCUGGUUACUUCGACAUGCAGAUAACAUUCCAAAGAAGAUUGCAGAUGAUUUUAUGGAUAAGCACAUUGCUGAGCUUAUAUUUUACAUGGAAGAACUUCGGGCGCAUGUCAGGAAAUAUGGACCUGUGAUGCAGAGAUACUAUGUACAGUACUUGUCUGGCUUCGAUGCAGUGGUCCUUAAUGAGUUGGUACAGAAUCUCUCAGUUUGCCCAGAAGAUGAGUCCAUUAUCAUGUCCUCUUUUGUAAAUACAAUGACAUCUCUGAGCGUAAAACAAGUUGAAGACGGGGAAGUUUUUGACUUCAGAGGAAUGAGGUUGGAUUGGUUCCGACUGCAGGCCUACACCAGUGUUUCCAAAGCCUCAUUAAGCCUCGCAGACCACAGAGAACUUGGAAAGAUGAUGAACACUAUAAUAUUCCACACAAAAAUGGUGGAUUCCUUGGUGGAAAUGUUGGUGGAAACUUCUGAUCUUUCUAUAUUUUGCUCUUAUGCAGCUGAGAACAGAGGGAAUGUGAACACUUAUAAAAAAGGGGACAAAAGCUUUUACAGUCGGGCAUUUGAGAAGAUGUUUCAGCAGUGUUUGGAACUGCCAUCCCAGUCAAGAUACUCAAUUUCAUUUCCUCUCAUUUGUACUCAUUUUAUGAGCUGCACUCACGAGCUUUGUCCUGAAGAGAGACAUCACAUUGGUGACCGCAGCCUAUCUUUAUGUAACAUGUUCUUGGAUGAAAUGGCAAAGCAAGCCCGCAAUCUCAUCACAGACAUCUGCACAGAACAGUGUACUCUAAGUGAUCAGCUCCUGCCAAAACAUUGUGCCAAAACAAUCAGUCAAGCAGUAAAUAAAAAGUCAAAAAAGCAGACUGGAAAGAAAGGAGAACCCGAAAGAGAGAAGCCUGGAGUUGAAAGCAUGAGAAAGAACAGACUUGUGGUAACAAAUUUGGAUAAGCUACAUACAGCACUUUCAGAGCUUUGUUUCUCCAUUAACUAUGCACCCAAUAUGGUGGUGUGGGAACAUACGUUCACGCCAAGAGAGUAUCUGACCUCGCACUUGGAAAUUCGCUUUACCAAGUCUAUUGUUGGCAUGACCAUGUACAAUCAGGCCACGCAAGAGAUUGCGAAACCCUCAGAGCUAUUAACUAGCGUAAGAGCCUACAUGACUGUGCUCCAGUCAAUAGAAAAUUAUGUGCAGAUUGACAUCACAAGGGUUUUCAACAAUGUUCUGCUUCAACAAACACAACAUCUAGACAGCCAUGGAGAGCCAACAAUCACCAGUUUGUACACUAAUUGGUAUUUGGAAACACUACUGAGGCAAGUUAGCAAUGGCCACAUAGCUUAUUUUCCAGCAAUGAAAGCCUUUGUAAAUCUUCCCACAGAGAAUGAGCUAACCUUCAAUGCGGAGGAGUAUUCGGACAUAUCUGAGAUGAGAGCAUUGUCGGAACUGCUGGGACCAUAUGGCAUGAAGUUCCUUAGUGAAAGUCUCAUGUGGCAUAUUUCCUCCCAAGUGGCUGAACUUAAGAAAUUAGUGGUGGAGAAUGUUGAUGUUCUAACACAGAUGAGGACAAGCUUCGACAAACCAGAACAAAUGCAAGCUCUUUUUAAGCGAUUGUCUUCUGUGGACAGCGUCUUGAAGAGGAUGACCAUCAUUGGCGUGAUUUUGUCAUUCCGGUCGCUUGCGCAGGAAGCUUUACGAGAUGUCUUAAAUUACCACAUUCCUUUCCUUGUAAGUUCUGUUGAAGACUUCAAGGAUCACAUUCCAAGGGAGACUGACAUGAAGGUUGCAAUGAAUGUGUAUGAAUUGUCAUCUGCAGCUGGAUUGCCCUGUGAAAUUGAUCCAGCCUUAGUCGUGGCAUUAUCUUCCCAAAAAUCUGAAACAAUCAGUCCAGAGGAAGAGUACAAAAUUGCCUGCCUUCUUAUGGUCUUCGUGGCCGUGUCUUUGCCCACCUUGGCUAGCAAUGUGAUGUCUCAGUACAGCCCUGCCAUAGAAGGUCACUGCAAUAAUAUUCACUGCCUGGCAAAGGCCAUCAACCAGAUUGCUGCAGCUUUAUUUACCAUUCACAAAGGAAGCAUUGAGGAUCGUCUUAAGGAGUUCUUGGCUCUGGCAUCUUCUAGCCUCCUGAAAAUUGGCCAAGAAACUGAUAAAACAACAACAAGAAACCGAGAAUCUGUUUAUUUGCUGCUAGAUAUGAUUGUGCAAGAGUCGCCAUUCCUGACCAUGGACUUGCUGGAAUCUUGCUUCCCAUACGUCUUACUGAGAAACGCUUACCAUGCAGUUUACAAACAGAGUGUUGCAUCCUCUGCAUAAACAUUUACUUUGUGAAAACACGGCACAAGCUUGUUCAGCCUGAAAACUGUGGAGUAUUUUUUUUCCUGAAUGAUUGGGAAAUGAAAAAUGGUUUUGUGACUUAAAUUCUUCCCCCCAUUCCAUUGUACAAGUAUUUUUGACAAGUGGUUUCUUUUCUUUUUUUUUUUUUUUUUUGCAGUUGUACUACCAGAUAAGCUUGGUUGGUUGCACUACAUUACAGAGAGAGAAAAAAAAAUUCAAAAUUUUUUAAAAGUUUCAGAACGCUUUCAUUCAGAGAAUAAAAUAAAAAUGAGGGGACAAACUAAAACAAAACACUAUUUUUUUUUUUUUUCUUUUGAUAACUCAUCAUGCUGAAAUAUUAUUGCUUGUUUAUUAUUUCAAAGAAAUGUAUUUAGUGAUUAUUUUAGAUGGUGGUAUAGGUGACAUAUGUGUGUAAAUUAUUUCAUAUAGGAGAGUUAUAAUCUGUACCUUUUUUAUGUUCUUAUCGAUAACGGUUUGGUUAGGUGAUUCUGUGAUUUUCUGUGAAGUAAUUGCACCAUUUACAUAUUUUCUUUUUUUUCCCCCAUUGCAUUCUGCAGUAAGUUCUAAAACAAAAAUUGAAAAAACAAACAAAAAAAAAAACAUCAUCUCUCCACAUUCUGUGACUACUCAUUAUUUACAGUACAGACUUCCUUUCCGGUAUUUUAAGCAGCAGAUGUUUGUAAAAAGCAUAGUAUUUUUUUUUUAUUCAACUAACUUCCAUAAUGGCUCUGUUGGUAUUAACAUUACCAUUGUAAUCUGCUAUAUGGUAUGACAUUCUCAUGCAUUUAUCAAAUGUUCAUACAUUGUUCUUUUUCCCUUAACCACUUUUAUAUGUUUUAACUUUUUGAAAUUCAAGUGUACCUUCCAUAACAUACAAUAAACACUAGACUGUAUCAAAA